CGGGUUGUUUGAAUUGUAUGUAGUCAGUAAUUUGGCCCAUUGAGGAAGGUACUGCUGCUACCUUUCCCUCCCUCCCUCUCUAUCUCCCUGAAUCUUCUUGCCUUCUUCCCUUCCUCCCUUCCCCUCUCUCUCCUUCUCCGCAUCUUCUCCUUCCCUAAUUUCUCUCAUUCCAACUUUGUUUUACACUCCUUCUUUGUACUUCGCCUGUUCUUCUUCUCAUUUCCAGACCUGCUCUUGGGUCUUCUUCCUCGACGCAAACACCGAUUGAGGGGAGGGUCUUUAUACUUGUCAUAUCUUACUAUCCGUCGAUCUUCACUCUUCUGAUUCUUCCUUUCUCAUUUUAUCCCACAGAAAUAAACACCACAGGGCAUCCAGCAUGCGCUACGAAAACUGGGACGUGCUUCUCUUCCCCGAAACUUCCAAGGUGCCUCUACAGGAGUUCAAGACGCAAUGCUUCGUCACCAAGGACAAAGAAUCACCCUACCUGCAUAGCCCGGCCCUGGUCACCCCGGCCUCGUGCUCGAUACCCCAGGGCAAUCUGGGACAAUUGCCGGUUUUGACUACGUUCAUCCCCAGUCUGCGUCACAAUACUCCGUUCCGAGUGUCGAUUCAUAGCUGGGAGAGGCCUGCGCCCAGUCGAUUCAUGGAAAGUCUUUUGCAGCCAGAUGAUGCACUGCUCUUCGAGGUUCGCGUCUUCAUUGACGGGCUUUGCGUUUCUGGUAGUGUAUUCAAUCAAAGAUCCUCCUGGCCUCAUGUUCUCGAUCUGAGCUCCUAUGUCGAUAAGAGCGGCAAUCAAGAUCGUCUCCGCUUCCCAACGUUCCAUCAUGAAAUCUUGAAGUCGCAACAUUGGGACGCUGGAGAGCUGUACGGCAGGAUCAGAGUGGUAAUUGCGGAAGGAUUCUCGCGGCCACAUCGGUCUCCUCCAUUUGAACGUUUGAAGGAAGUAAUUGCGUUUGCUUUUCAGCAUGCUCCGAUCCAGAUCCUGGAAUACUCCGAAAUCGCCUGGCCGAAUGCUUCUAUGUGGACGCGUGAGCCCCGGUUGUUUAAGUACAACUCUAGGGGCGCCAUAAGUGAUACGAAAGAACCGGAAGAUAGCCACACGCACUCACCUUCUAGGCAUGAUAUUCGGCACAUGCUGGCGACUAAGAGCCAGGCUAGCAACCAAUCCGGAUGCAGCUCUUGGAGUUAUCGCAAUUAUCAGCGGCAGGUUCCCCAAUGGCAAGGCCAAUACAGCGAGUCCAGAUGGCUGCCUCAAGAACACUUCAUACCAGACCCCUUUGUCGAUCCUUACGUGCUCGACCCGACUGCACGCCACCGGGGAGCUCGAGCAUCGUGGGAAGAUGUGCCUAUGCCAGACUAUGUGUCUAACUCCAGCAGUAGUCGCGCCAUCUCAAGCAUGACGGGCAUCAGUUAUGAACACAGCAAGCAUCCUAGCAUCGUUACCCCUAUCGACGAGGAGUCGUACAAUCAAUUGAUAGAAGUAUUAAGUCCUCCGAAGCCCCUCAAUUGCGGCACGUACGCGCCAACCAAUACACCUUCAACGGCAUUGCCCAUGGGGAUCAAGCUUUCGGCGGCGGCGAGAGCGCGGUCUGCAUCUUAUUCGAAGAGCAUAGGCCGAGCCUCCGAGUUGAAGGAGGUAUCACUGCCCGAAACCAGGGAAAUUUCGGGCUCAAGCACGAAGACAAAUCUUCCUGCAGAGACCGCAGCAACAAGCAAGGUGCAUGCCAGUCCGAGCACGCAUGUCAAGAGCCGAAAGGAAGGUCUCGCCUACGAGAACAAAGAGAACGAGGUUUCGGUAGAGGCGUCCCGCAAGGAUAGCGACAAAUCUCGCCAGACUCCGCUGAAACCUACAGUACGCACGAGCGAAAUAAUGGAAACCCCAACCGAGACCAAGGGGAAGAACUCGAUCGGUUCGGCCAGUGGCAGAGAGGGCACCCAAAAAUUCAAAAGAGGGCCCCUCCUGAUGUCACCCACUGAGGACCCGCCCGCGGCUGGACAUCUGGGACAUCAAGCGAGCCUUGAUGACUCCCUCGACGCUAGGUCUCCGCUUGUCAGCACGGCUCUGGAAGUGGCAGAGGUCGAUUAGCAUUACUGUGACAUUUCUAGCAUAGGCGCAUGUUUCUCUAGUUUGUUUCAUUGCCG